AACUUCACAUCAUUCCGAAAUACGAAACUGAUUCCUAUGGAAACAUCCUCAUCCUCCGAUGACAGUUGUGACAGUUUUGGUUCUGAUAGUUUUGCAAACACGAAACGCAAGUUUAGGUCGGAUAUUGGAGAAGAACUGGCAAAAAUUUUUCAUGAAGCCUCUGAUGAUGAAUCCUUCUGUGGCUUUUCAGAAAAUGAGAUUCAAGAUGCAUUGAAAUUGGAAUCGGAUUCAGAGAAGAAUGAGGUAGCUCAGAGAAGGCAGAAAUGCCCUGUUCCUCUAAGAGUAGCCAUGAAGUUUCCACCUCGAAGAUCAGAGAGGAGGAAGGGUGAGAUGGAACCUCUUCCUGAACAGCUGAUGCCUGCUCCAGAUUCAGACUCUGACUCUGAAGAAAAGGGUGCCGUGUUUUUAGAAAAAAGGGCUUUAAACAUAAAGGAAAACAAAGCAAUGCUUGCAAAACUCAUGUCUGAGUUGCAAAACGUUUCUGGUAUCUUUGAUGGAAGAAAAUCAUUGCCAACUAUCAGUCAUGGACCAAAGCGACCAAGGCGUUCAUUGCCCAGAAGUGCUUUGAGGAGGAAUCCAGACCGAAGUUCGCGGCCUCACACAAGAUCCAGGUCCCUGAUUGAAGGUCCUCCUAGUCCUUUACCAGAAGAGGAAGAUGAUGACCGGUACAUCUUGGUGAGAAGAAGAAAGAUGUCUGAUGAAUACCUGGAGCAUGAAGCCCGAACUCCCAGGAGGGGUCACCGUGGUGCCAUGGCUUUUCCACAUGUUGUGCGCCCAGUUGAGGAGAUAACAGCAGAAGAGCUGAAUAAUAUUUGUGGAUCCGCAAGAGAGAAAGUGUAUAACAGAGCCAUGGGAUCCACUUGUCAUCAGUGUCGCCAAAAAACUAUGGACACCAAGACAAAUUGUCGUAACCCUGAUUGUGUGGGAGUACGGGGCCAAUUCUGUGGGCCAUGCCUCCGCAAUAGGUAUGGGGAAGAUGUCAGAACAGCGUUGCUGGAUCCGACCUGGAUGUGCCCACCAUGUCGUGGAAUCUGCAAUUGUAGCUUCUGCAGACAGCGAGAUGGCCGAUGUGCUACAGGUGUCCUGGUCUAUCUGGCCAAGUACCAUGGCUAUGACAAUGUCCAUGCCUACUUGAAAAGUCUGAAACAAGAACUUGGAAUGGAAGACUGAAGCUGUGACUGCCUUUAAAUUACGUCCUCUUUCACCAAUGUUGUAUUAUUGCCUACACUGAAUUGUUUAAUCAAAUGAGAUUACAAAGCCAGUGCCUGCCUUCCCUCCCCUUUUGGGUAAAAAAGGAUAAAGAACUGUCACUUAUCUC